AGAAAUUAAGAACGCACAAAAAUCGAAACAAGAGGAAAACAUGAUGAAACACACAAGUUGUUGUUCGAUCUUCGAAGUUCCUCUCUGAGAAGAAGCCCCAAGUAACUGCACCUACACACACACACUGCUCAUUGAAGAAGAACCCCUCGAAUUCUCCAACAGAUCGCGAACCCAAAUGGCAUUCACUGAUGUAUGUGUAGUCAAUGUAUGAGGCUGGCCCUGACGAAUUGCUUCUGAGAAUGGAUGAUGUAGCGGGUCUAUCGGAGGCAGCAGGUUCGAGAUUUACUUCGUUGGAGCUUAUUGGGCAGGGAUCCUUCGGUGACGUCUAUAAAGGGUUUGACAAGGAGCUCAACAAAGCAGUCGCCAUCAAAGUGAUUGAUUUGGAAGAAUCAGAGGAUGAUAUUGAGGAUAUUCAGAAGGAAAUAUCUGUUUUGUCACAAUGUCGAUGUCCAUAUAUCACAGAGUAUUAUGGUUCCUUUCUCAAUCAAACUAGACUUUGGAUAAUAAUGGAAUAUAUGGCUGGCGGCUCUGUUGCUGAUCUGCUCCAAGCAGGUACUCCCCUUGAUGAAAUGUCAAUUGCUUGCAUUCUACGUGACUUGCUGCAUGCUAUUGAUUACCUACACAAUGAAGGAAAAAUUCACAGAGACAUUAAAGCUGCAAAUAUUCUAUUGUCAGAGAGUGGUGAUGUAAAGGUGGCAGAUUUUGGUGUUUCUGCUCAAUUAACAAGGACUAUAUCAAGGAGAAAGACAUUUGUAGGAACACCAUUCUGGAUGGCACCUGAGGUUAUUCAGAAUACAGAAGGGUAUAAUGAGAAGGCAGAUAUUUGGUCCCUUGGGAUUACUGCAAUUGAGAUGGCAAAGGGGGAGCCUCCACUUGCUGAUCUUCACCCCAUGAGAGUGCUUUUCAUCAUACCCCGAGAGAAUCCACCACAGCUAGAUGAACAUUUUUCUCGUCCGCUGAAAGACUUCGUUUCGUCAUGUUUGAAGAAGGUUCCUGCUGAGAGGCCAAGUGCUAAAGAACUUCUCAAAGAUCGUUUUAUACGGAAUGCUAGGAAGAAUCCAAAGCUCUUGGAAAGAAUAAGGGAGCGUCCAAAGUAUCAAAUAAAGGAAGAUCUGGAGACACCUAGAAAUGGCCCAAGAGGGAUAGGGGAGGCAUCAGAUACUAUGAAGGUGGCGAGAGAUUUUAAAGGUGAAGAAGCUAAUCGAGCAAGCAAUCUGGGUAAAACCCUUAAAAGUGCUGGGUGGGACUUCAGCAUUGGUGGAUCAGAGGGUACUGGAACCUUUCGUAGUGCCUCACGACCGCCGCAGUUUAGGGAAAAGAAAACUGAAGUUUCAAACAAUCAGCUUACCCAAAGAAAAGCUCCCGAGAUUGGUUAUCAAGAGGGAUCUGCCAAUAGAAGUUCACUUAAUGAGUCACUUGAAAGUUCCUUUGGAAAAGAUGUUAGAGUUUCUUACGAUGAUGUGCAGCUGGAUAAUCAACUUGAAGAUGAUGAAUUGUAUGGGAAUGGAUCAGGAACAGUUGUUAUUCGAUCUCCAAUAGGAUCAAGGCCACCUGUUUUUCGUGACCAAAGCUCCCAGUCUAGCGGCAGCUAUGCUUCUUUUGAAGAUACUUCUACAAGCGGAACUGUUGUUUUUCGUAGCCAGCAUGAUGAUUCUGAUUCUCCACAGACACCAAGGACCCGUCUAGGACUUCAUGACAGAAAUUCAAAUGCAUCGUUGGAAGAUAGCGCUAUAAACCUUGCCGAGGCAAAGGCUGCUAUCCAAGGAGGGCAAAGGAAAGCAAAUGCUCGAGAGAGAUUUUCCCUGGCAAAAAUCAACACCGAAAUACCGGAAAGCAAGCGAGACCAAUUGAGUAGCAGCUCUGAUUCGUUGAGAUCAAGUCGUGAAUAUAUUGAUGCACAAAAGGGUGUGUUAAGACCACACUAUGAUGAUGAGGAAAGUACUAAAAUAGUAUCAACCUCGGUCCCAUUAUCAGCUUUGCUUAUUCCUUCAUUAAAAGAGGCCAUUGCUGAUGAUCCAGAAGGUUCCAUGGUUCGGGCAGUCAUCAAUGCUUUCGUAGACAUGGAGGGUUCAAUGCCUAGAUCCUGUGAUGUUCUUGUCAAAAAAUUGCUUCAGCGGUUGGCAAGUUCAAAGGAAGAUUCAUUGAAGGACCUGAAGGAAUUGGCAAGCCAAAUAUUUAGCAGGACCAUGUCAGCAGAAGAAACCCGAAAUGCAGAGGCUGAUAAUCGGAAGAAACAACAGAACAAGGAACGUCAUCCAAAUAGCAAUUCAAGCCCUCUUGCAAGAUUUCUUCUCUCAAGAUGGCAAAGCCAAACCUCACGGGAUCUACACCAGUCUUGAGCAGAGUUGGAAGUUUUACCAUUUUGUGUGUUGUCUGGCUAUUUAUGCAUUUUUUAUUAAAUGUACAUAUUUCACUGUAAGAAAUUGUUUUUCUACUUCUAUUAGUAUUUUAAAUUAAUUUAUUUUGGUUUUUAUUUUUUUGUCUCAUAGUGCAAGUGACAUCAAAGCUGUAUAAUUAGAGGGACUUUCAGUUACAUCCAUAUUGUAAGACUAUAUUGAUUUGUAUUUUUCAGUCCAGAUAAAUGUGGGAGAAUAAGCUAAUACAAAAAUGAUUUCAUUUUA